AGAGAAUUGAGUGUACUUGUUGAACCGAGGGAAACUGGUCAAGUUGAGAUGCUUGUCUCUUAUGUGGUCAGUCGAUGUGGAUGGAAACCAGCCUACGAUAUACGCAUUUUCAAUAAUGAUGGGACAAUGAAGAUUGUUUAUUAUGGUAUGGUACAGCAAUCUACCGGUGAAGACUGGGAGACACGUUACAUGACCCUAUCCACCGCACAACCUGGAAUAGGUGGUACAGUUCCACAUUUAGGUGUCCAACGAGUACAUUUUCGCAGGGAGAAGUCACCUGAAUCUAACCGUCAAUGUCAGUCUACUGAGAAGUUUAAUUUAACAGAGCCAUCAUCACAACUACCAUCUGCAGGUACAAUCCCACGUUAUUCCCAACGUGUUUCAGAGAAUGCAGCUGUGUUUUAUCAAACACCACCACUUCGACGCCCUGAUACUAUGCUCCGAGGGUUAAAUGAUUCACUGGCUUAUGAGAAUGAUCAUCUCACUAUACCGUAUGAUAAUUCAGUUGAACAAUAUUCUACGCUUGGACGAAGUGAUAGCAUGGCUUCAUCUACUGUGAAUAGUUCAUCGAUUGGACGUCGAAAUAGGCCAUAUCCAAGAUCGAAAUCCCGUGAAACACUGCGUACUUUAGCUCAGCGUGAUGGUAUUACACCAGUUGGAACGCUUCAACGUGGUGGUAGUACAGAAAAUGCUUAUGCAACUGGAUUACGCACUUCGAAUACACGACAAAUAUCCAGGCGUACAUUAGGAUCAAGUAUGCUAUUCAACUCAGUAAAUUCUCCGAGUCCUUUGUUGGCGAACAGAACGUCUGUCCUUAUGAACUCACAGUCUACCUUGGUGCCAACUAAUCCAUCUCCAUCAGCUCCACCUGUUGGGACAGUUGCCACACUUCAGUUGGAGGUCCCACGACCCCCAACAUUGAUUCGUUGUGAUAAUGAACCGAAUCGUGUUACAGUUGGUCUCUUAGACUUACAACCGCGUUAUGAAUAUGUGACUGUACCAAAGCGUUCACUGCAUGCUUAUUUAAAGGCUACAGCUGUUAAUAACACAGAGUUCUCUAUUCUUGCUGGUCCAACCAACAUAUAUGCUGACAACACAUUUAUUGGCAAAUCUGAAAUACGUGCUGUUGCCCCUGGAGAAGAGUUCAGUUGUCAUUUAGGCGCUGAGAAUGGUGUAAAAAUACUCUAUCGUCCACUAUAUAAAUAUCGUGAGGGUACAGGCUCUGGUGGGAAAAAUGCUACAAUGACGUUUAAACAAUUAAUUGAAGUUCGCAAUACAUUUGAUCGUCGUAUUCGUCUCAUGGUUGUCGACCAAGUUCCUGUCAGCGCUGAAGACAAAAUCAAGGUUAGUCUUUUGGAGCCAACAAUCAAGCACCCAGAAAAAUAUGACAGAAAUAAACCUAUACGAAUGAAUAAGUUUAAUAAUGUUGAAUGGGAUUUAGACUUAGGUCCAGGUGAAAUACGUGAGCUAACAUUGAAGUACUCAGUGGAACAUCCAAUCAAUGAAGACCUGGAUGUUUCUGUUUCUGAGACAUGAAGAGAAAAGUUCAACAAAAGAGAAAACAAACUGGAGAAUACUCCAUUUCUCUCAAGUUAUUCGUUUAUACUUUCUUGAUUGCGGAGUGGGUGGAAUAGGGAAAUCGAGUUGAUAUACUUCUUUUUAUUGUUGUUCCUAUUAUUGUUGCUGUCAUUGUUGUUAUUGUUUUCGUAUUGUCACUGCUAUGACUUUUCAGUUGUGGCCAACUAUAGUAAUAAACCUAAUUAUUAUAUAAUAAUUAUUAUUGCUAAGACAUUUUUUUUUCAUUUUUCGCUUAUAUUUCGGACUACCUUUUUAUCAUUGCGAUUUGAUUCGUUCGUGAUUUAACUUGUGGUGUUAUUGUUGUCAACAUUUCCUACAUGUCAAGUAUCAUUAUCAUGAAGGGCAAAGCAAUAUGGACACAUGCACACACACACACAAACAUUUAAACCUGGAAUUACCAAUUUCAAUUGAACCAGUCUCAUUAUUUUCGAGUCAUUUAAGUUCUGUUCAAUAUACCUCUUUGUUUAUGGUGCUUCUAAGACCAAGAGAGAGAGAGAGAUGGUUACAGCAGUUAUGCAAAGCCUGAGAUAUUUACUCCAGUUCACACUUUGGAUGAUGCUUGUAGGUUUAUUGACAGACUGCGCCACACAUCAACUUAUAGCAUAUAUCCACUCUUUUCUAAACAAUACACAAUGCUAGUUAAUUAAUGAGUUAAAACACUUGGACACUUGCCAAAUUCAUACGAGUGUACACAAAACAUUCAUAUCAAAUUCAAUCUUCAAAUGAUAAUUAUUAACAACAACCAACCUACUGUAUUCGUUCAAUGGUUCAAUAUAAAUUUAGUGCUUCAAUAUUGGCUUUUAAAUAACUUUUGAUCUCUAAUUUCGCUUAACUAUUGCGCACAGUAUUACUUAAUUUAUUUUUUUCUUUGAAUAUUCAAACAAAUAUAAAACAUUAUGGUUAAUUUCUUGUUUUGUAUUUUUUAUUAUUUUACCGGAUUUUGACUAUUAUCCUAAUUACCCUUGCUAUAAUUAUUAUUACCAAUUAUAUUUUAUGGAAUUAUUUAAAAUAUUUUUGGUGUUCUGAUUUUAUCAUCAUAUUAUUAUUUCCCUGAACUCUCUUAUAAGGGUAAUGCACUGUUGAAGAGAAUGUGUAGCGACUGUACAUUCGCUAACAGUUAGACUACACCAAGAAACACAUGGAACUUUUUCCCCCUUUUUAUUUUGACCGCGACCGAUAUCCUAUUCUGUUCACUUAUCAAGCUUCAUCUUCAAAACUUGUCGAAUGACAAAGUGAUUGCAUGCAUGGGAUAUAUGGGGAUAGGUAGGGAACCAGCUUUGAUAAUUAUCUGUUACUAAUAUGCUAUAGUACUUCAUACUGUCUGCGUUUAUUUUCAAAUUGAAUUUGUAUGAUUACGGGAAUGCUUUACUAUAAUUAUUAUUAUUAUUAUUAUCAUUGUUACUAUUAUUAUUACUUUCGAAAAUACUAUAAAAAUGCUUUACGAUAUUAAAAAUAAAAACUAACCUUUCGUUGUUGUUAA